AGGAAGCCUCUCCCUCAGAACCACCUCACCUUCCCCAGCCUUUUCCACUUCAACUUCGCAUCUCCUUAACCCUCACUCAAACUCCUAGUUACAGGAAUCCCUUGCGUUCCUCUCCGUGGGGGUUCUACCCUGUCGCCUUCGAUAUCGUGACAUCUUCCCAGGGACUAGAACCGUGAAUAUGGACGCAGGGCUGCAACAGUCAUCGAUGCAGGACCCUGGCCUGGGGCUUCCUGGCUCAAGAGCACCUGGUUCUAUCGCCUAUAGCAUUCCAGGUACCGACCCUUUUACGCAGUCCACAAAUCAAUCUUCCUCCCAGGGAUAUACAUCGAAUCCUAAUGAACAAGAUCUUUUUACCAAUACGUACAACGGCGGCUCCUUUACCCCGGAUGGAAAUCUGCUAUCUGUCAUGAGCAACCAACCUUCUGCCUACUCAGCCCUUUCUAUGGGCAAUAACGGGAACUUUACAAACACAGGCAAUGUUUUCGACGAUUCUCUCAGUCUGAAUACCACCACUUCGAACCAGUACGGAGAGAUCGGCCGCCAGUGGUCAAGUUUUCCGUAUCCUGCAACUGCACCGCAAUUUACCAGUACACCCUCUCAGAACGCAUACUACUAUCCUCAAGCCUCUGCCCAGUCGUUAUCGCUCAACCAAAUCCAACCGUUUGCCGAGUCCUAUAUGCACAGUGUGCCGACACAAAUCCAACAGGGAAUGCAACAGUCCCAAACCCAAACCCAGCCCAUCGCUGCAUCAAACCCGCUUCCGGCCAUAGGCUUGCUUCCGGCCCCUAACCCACUGAUGCAAAUUCAACAGAGUCGCCCUUACACCCCGUUUCCCCAGUCUGGAGUGACACCAUCCGGCGUUGGUCCCCAGAGACGGCACCAGCGGACUAGUAGCUUGGCUUCGGCUCCCAUCACUGCAUCUGGGACGCAACCAAUUCGCACCGCAUCCCAGCAUGUGCGUGCGAGAUCUCGACCUACAGCCACCGCCAGUGCCGCACAUUCACCCCAGCCAUCUUCACAGAUACAGGGGAGCCAAGAUUCAGCAGUCAUACCUGCCAGCACUGGGCCAGCGACUCGGAGCAUAGGGAAUUCGGAUCGACAAAUCACACAUCGGCAGCACCAGCAUGCAGCGUCAAACCGUAGUGCCCAGUUAAGGAGUUUGCUUCGAAGUAUGCGCGCUGGUGGAGCCCAAGCUCUACAGAUGUAUGAGGAGACGUUAAUUCAGGGCACGCGCUAUGCCUCGGACCUUGAUGGUUAUGGGACAUCCCCUCCGCCGAAAGAGCUAGAUGCUCCGCACGAGAGUCGCCCCGAGCCCAAAGAAACCGAAGAGAUGACCCUCAACCUGGAAUGCAAGAUUUGUAUGAGCCAGCUCGUUGAUACCGUGGUCCUUCCUUGUGGACACGCCAUUCUCUGCCGCUGGUGUGCGGACCAGCAUAUCCCGUCGAUUCAAGGGUUUCCCAAGGGGAAGGCUAACUGUCCUAUGUGUCGCGAACCCGUGAAACAAAAGUAUCGCAUUUAUUUUCCAUGAUUCUUUGGAUGAACAUUUUUUUUUUUUAAAAAAAAACAAGGUUCAUGCACCUCUUCAUACAGUUUAUGCAUAUUCCAACCCAGUGAAAUUUCUUUCCUUCAACGGUUACAGGCUACGAUCGCAUCUAACGGCGCUACGGUUCACAAAGUCAUUCACAAAGUCAGGGGUAGGAUUUUUGUUUUCUUUUCAACAUUAAUGGUUACAGCGAAUGAUAAAUA